AUGCAGUGCUCAGUUAUUCUGGAAAGUGACUGUAAAACUGGGAAUGUUAAAAUGAAGACUGUUGACAAUGUAAAGAAUCCCUAUGGAAAGGGAACUAAUCUGGAUAACAUUGUUGAUCAGCUCUGCACAAGACUACAUGACAUCAAAGAUAAAGAAAGUACUGCAGUAGUAGGCAUGCCCACGUGUUCUUUAGAACAAAGUGAAGCAGUACGUCGAUAUUACGCUGCUUUUCCGGCUUUGAAAAAAGGUCAGGAGUCACCAUUGCAAUACUAUUUGCCACCACCAGCGUGGUGUCGUAAACCAAGUACUGAAACGAAGGUCAAGAUGCAAAGUGAAAUCUCAAUGUCAAAAGAUUGGAAUUCUAAAAACAAGAAGUACUCGACAGGGAAGGAAAGGCGCAACUCCUACCACAAUCAGAGGAAGAAUAACAGGAAACGGUGGAACAGUUACAGUAAAUCAUUUGAGAGCAAGGAGAGUCUUCCUGAGUGGGUGACACAUGAGGGAGUUUGGGAUAUGGAAACCCAGGAUCCAGUUAAGGAGUUUAUAAGAGCUAUUGCAUUGGAUGAAGGUUAUGGUACUUGUGAAAAUACAGUCACUGAUGAAAUAAAAGAGAUAACUGAAGUCAAGCUCCAAAUGAAAGAUAAUGUGGUGCCAGACUGGGAUGAUAGUCUUGAUUUGGCUACGGAGUGGGUGAUAACAGAAGACCUUAAUCCUCGAGUACGGUCCCCAAUGGAGGAAGAAUUGUACGCAAAGUUUGAAGCAAAGUUUGAUCGGAGCAUUGAAGCAUUGUGGUCAAAAGACCAGAACACACCUGAUGAUGAGUACCAAGACCUUCCAAUUGAUUUUCAAGAUUUGCUGUCAUCACCCUCAGACCACCUCUUUGCAGAUCCGUCCACUGAAAAGUACAGUUUGAUUUCUCUGACAGAGAGCAUCUGGUCAACAGAUGCUACGGAGAGUUUGUUAGUAGAGCGUGCCGAUUCGCCUUCAAAGAUAGCGGAUGCGCUCCAUGACCGCUUCAAGCCGUUGAACUUAAGUGAUACAGCAGAGCCAAUGCCACCUCGUGAGCUUGAGUCCUUCACAUUGUAUGAAAGUGAGGAGUUGUAUGAUGCGCUAUCGACUGUUGCGCAGACGAUGCGUUCGUUCACCGUGAUCAAUCACAGCCGAGACUGUAGCAGUUUUGUAGAGGUUCCUCCUCGGAGGCGCAGCCGUGAACCUCAACUUCCUGUCGAACCGCUACUAAUAGAAGAGCCACCUCGUUCCCCAUCCCUUGAACGUGAAGACCUGCUCACUUCUUCUCGCACGCAUUUCCGACCGAUCCGGCGCGAAUCGGAGUCGGAAGUAACGCGAUACGCCGAUGGCUACACCUUCGACAUCCGCGGUGACCUCGACGUGGUCGACAUCCAGCGGAGCGAAUCCGGCAGCGUCUAUAUCGGUAGCUCGCUGGAACGUUACCUCGAGUACCGUUCCAAGAGCAUCGACUACGGCCGGCUGAAUCUUACGGCGGCGCAACGGUGUCCGGACUUCGACGACACCGGGUUUCGGUUGCGUUUCCCGGUUCGCCAGCACGACGCCGGUGUGCAGACGGAGCGGCCCGACGCCUGGGCGUGCGAGGAGUGCGGCCGCGCCGCCAAGAAGAUGCGAAGUGCGAUGCACAGCAUCUGGAGCGAGGAGAGUGCCUGCGAGUGCGUCGUUCAUACGGAGCCGUCGGUCGCGCCGCCGCGGGACGAGCUCUCGCGCGAAUGGGAGGAGUUGUUGGCGGACAUAAGCGCUGCGCACGCGCAGUAUGCGAACGCGCCAGACGUGGUUGACGAGACGCUCGUCAGUGCAGACCGGAAGCGGAGGCAUAGUGCUGCGCUGCGCUGCACAGGUGUGUGCUCGCACCCGCACGCGCGCUUCCUGCACUGCUGCGCCGCGGCGCUCGACCGCCCGCUCACGCGCUGA